AUGCCGAACACGCUAGUAAAAUGUGGAGGUAUAAUGUAGGAAAACGCUGUUCUUUUAGGCAAGGGAUGAAGGGAUAAAGAAAAAAGAAAAAAGAAAAAAGAAAAAAGAAAAAAGAAAAAAGAAAAAAAAGAAAAAAGAAAAAGAAAAGGAUACAAGAAGAACAAGUUUCUUACUCACUAACCCUAACUCUCCAAAUUCCAAUUCCUAGAAUUUGCUGCGAUUACAAAUUCCAUUUCGUUCUACAAGUUACAGAUUUCGAUCGAGUUUUAUUUUCUAUCUAAAAAGUUCGAUUUUCAGCAUCAAUCCAAGUUACUUUUCGAGGAAAAACAUUGAAGGAUUUUUCCGACCAUUCCAAGAAAUUGAAGGCGGCAAAAUGGAGGUAGAUGAGGAGAAUCCCUGUUCUGCUUCUGGUUCAGCAGCAGAAUCGACUCCUGCGGUGGCUGAUACUGAGAUGCUGGAUACUGUGGGUAUUCCAGCGCCAGCUACUGCAAUCGAGAGUCAUUCAUUGGCGACUGUAAUUCCACCUGCAGCACCGCCGUUAGUCAUUCCUCCAUCAGUUCCUCCUCCCACAGUUGCCCCUUUGUCAGCUCCACCUCCUGUUCUUGUUCCUUCAAUGGCUCCUCUACCUGCUGUACCUUCUACACUUCCUAGACCAUUAGCACCUCUUCCUGUCCGCCCGCCUGUGCUUAAACCACCUGUUGCACAGAAUGGUGAGGUUAAUGCAAGUGAAUCGGACUCUGACCAUGAUGACCAUGGUAUUCAUGGUUCAACUGCUGAGUAUGAAAUUACAGAGGAAAGUCGACAGGUAAGGGAACGUCAAGAGAAAGCAAUGCGGGAUCUCUUGAUGAAGCGGCGAGCUGCUGCUUUAGCUGUACCCACUAAUGAUAUGGCUGUGCGCACUCGGCUUCGCCGUCUUGGUGAGCCUAUCACUUUCUUUGGGGAAAGAGAGAUGGAAAGACGGGAUAGGCUCCGGAUGCUGAUGGCCAAGCUUGAUGCUGAGGGACAGUUGGACAUGUUGAUGAAAGCGCAUGAGGAAGAGGAGGAAGCUGCUUCAGCUAGGGAUGAAGUUGAUGAACAAAUCAUUCAGUAUCCAUUUUAUACUGAAGGGACACAGGAAUUGUUGGAGGCUCGAAAGUUUAUUGCCAAGUUUUCCAUUGUCAAAGCAUCUCAACGUCUGCAGAGUGCCAGGAGGAAAAGGGAUGAUCCAGAUGAAGACGAGGAUGCAGAGAUAGAUUGGGCUCUUAGACAGGCAAAAACAUUUGCUCUUGCUUCCAGUGAAUAUGGUGAUGACCGUCCACUUUGGGGAUGUUCGUUCUCAAGAGAUGGAAAUCUGCUUGCUACCUGUUCAUCAAAUGGAGUUGCCAAAAUAUGGAGUAUGCCUCAGGUGACGAGGGUCGCUACCUUAAGGGGACAUACUGAGCAUGUUACUGAUAUUGCAUUUUCUCCUGUAAGUGACUACGUGGCAACUUCCUCAGUUGAUCGUACUGCAAGGUUGUGGAACUCAGACGGUACUCUAUUAAGAAAAUUUGAGGGUCAUCUAAAACGCCUAGCUCGUAUUGCUUUCCAUCCAUCAGGGAAGUACUUGGGCACUGCAAGUUUUGAUAAAACUUGGCGCCUGUGGGACAUUGAAACUGGUGCAGAGUUGCUUCUUCAGGAAGGCCAUAGCAGAGACGUUUAUGGCAUAUCUUUCCAUCCCGAUGGAUCAUUGGCAGCAUCUUGUGGACUGGAUUCUCUUGCACGUGUCUGGGAUCUCCGAACAGGAAGAAGUGUUCUUGCUUUGGAAGGGCACGUCAACCCUGUUUUUGGAGUUGAUUUCUCCCCUAAUGGCUAUCAUUUGGCAACCGGUUCCGAGGAUAAUACUUGCCGGAUUUGGGACUUGAGAAAGAAAAAAUCUUUUUACGUUAUUCCAGCCCAUUCAAAACAGCUUUCACGGGUUAAAUUUGAACCUCAAGACGGAUAUUAUUUGGUUACUGCCUCUUAUGAUACAACUGCUAAGGUAUGGUCAUCUCGAGACUUCAAGCCUAUCAAGACGUUGUCAGGGCAUGAAUCAAGAGUUGCAUCCUUAGAUAUUACAGGAGAUGGACAAUGCAUUGCAACCGUUGCGCAUGAUAGGACGAUCAAACUAUGGUCAAGCAGUGUCCCUUCAGAAGAUAAGUCAAUGGACGUAGACUAGACCUUGUUUUGGCAAUCAGUUGACAAUUCAUAGCAAAUUGUAUUUGUUGUUUUUGUUUAAGCUAAUUGGUCCAUCUGAUUGUAUUAGUUGUUUGUACGAAACAUUUUAUCUAAAUUUAGGCGUUGGCGAUAAUCGGUUUGUUCGCAAAUCACAA